AUGUCCUCAAGAAAACAGCUUUCUUCCUACUCACGACGAGGAAAACGAGGCGGUCGACGCCAUAGAAGCAAACUUGUGCUCCCCGCAAAGCUACCCAGCCUUACAGCUGAAGAGAAGUGCGCAAGUGCCUUGACGAUGGAAUCUGUGAAAUGGCACAACAGCAACCAGACUAGCUUGCCUGGUCACAAUCUUCAGGCCCCUGAGGCUAUCCUGCAACACUGGUCUCCGCAGUGUCGUCCGAACACAUUGCUAUCGUCCCCAAUCUCUGUGCUUCCAGCAGUCCAUGUAGAUCCAAAGCCAGGCUCAAUAUCUGAGACAUGCCUCGCACGCACCUCACGCACAUUAUCGCACCCAGAUCGCUUCAAGAUAGAACGCAAAGACUCACGAUUCUUUCCCCUCUCCGCUUUUCUGGCCUGUCCGGAUUCAAUCGGCCGCUGUCCUUCUACAUCCAAAUUCCUCAAUUCUACGACUGUCGAAUCACCAUCCUCAAGCGCAUCGCCAAGUACGGAUAAGACAAAUUCAUCAGAAGCCAUAGCUGCAUCUCCAUCUACGAUCCCAUCAAGAAGCUGUGCACUGCCUUUCUCGACACCCAUGUGGUCGGCUCCGGCUUCCCCAAGCCAUGACUCGGACUUGCAGCUGGCAUCGUUCGCAAAGCGUGAUUUAAUGCAUUCACUUCAGAAGUCUUCAAAACAAUUAGAUGCUGCAGACUAUCGUGCCACACCCGACGCAGGAGCCAGCGGGUGCAAACGAACAUGCACUGCUCUCAUAACAGCGCCUAUAGGAUCUUCCCGUCCUUUCAUCAACAUGGUUUCACUGCAAGUACGGCCAGCUAUACCAAAAGAAAUUUUCGACCCAAAAGUUACACUAACACCCGCUAUGCCGCUGAAAUCGAAACUCACGUUGCAUCCUACCAGAUUAGAAAGGCAGCAUGAUACCAGGAACUUUCUGGACUUAGGGCAUGCCAACCCGUGCUGGUGUAGGACACGUGCAGAUUCUAUAGCUUCAAAAAAUAAUGAAUGUGCCGCUGUCGAGGAACUACCAACACCUUUUGCAAAGGUGGAUGUCGCGGGUGACACCAUCGUUGCCUCUAGCAGUGGAGCGCCUUUGGAUUGCGCGUCUCUUGCGUCAUCUCUGCAAGCACUCCCUCCUUUAUGCGAAACAUCAACUAUCUUAUCAGAGGAUUGGAUUAUUCUUCCUCAUAGUUCCCAUGGCCAUGGUCGGCGAUCUCGGUCCCUUUCCUUGUGCGAAUCGCUUGAGGGUGAUGGGGGGAUGUAUCUUGUAUCGCCUGCUAGUUACGCUAUUUCACGCCGACCAACACCAACGCCCAGUCCAGAAGACGGUAUGUCGGAGUCCGACAGCGGUAACUCAUUGGCUGGGCCAUGCGUGCCCUCUCCUGCAGAAUCGUGUAUCGAGUUCAUACGAUCUCCUUGGGAUGAAGAGGAACGCCAAACUUGUCAACGAUACAUGUGCGUAUGUAAUAGCGCGAGUACCAGUGCUGUCGAAUGGCCGAUACUACAAGAUGAGACAGGGUUCAAGAAGACAAGACAUGCGCUGCGUGGUGGACAUUUGAGCCAAGAGGACACAGGGAGGAUUUGGGAACAAGAAUGGGAUUGGUUUGUGUAG